GUUCACAACCAGUGAUGUAAGAGGCAAGCUGCCAUCCUGGGUCCGCCCUUACGUGAAUGUUUAUGACAACUUUGGGCAUGCAGUCAGAAGUGUCUCCCUCUUCUUCCGUGUUGCUCAAGAAAUUAUGCCCUUGCCCCUGCCGCAAUGCCCUUCUGGCCCUCCUGGUUCCAUAAGUGAGAGCGAUACGGCACCAUCUACUUCAUCUGAGCAGAUCUUCUCCAUGAAAAAAGCAAAAAACUUGGAAGACCAUGUUCCCAGUUUGAAGAGGAAAAGAAAAGUAAAUGGAGAUGGAGCAUCCAGCCUAUGCAUGGAGUAUGAGCAAGAGCUGGUCUCACCUAGAAGACAAUGUGUUGGGCUCUUGGAUGCCUUGGAGCGCAAUGAGAAGAGCAGUGAAGAUGCAGAGGAGGAAAGCGACCUGUCAGGAGAGGAAAAGGCACAUCGUCUGUCAACGCUUUCCCUUCAGUAUGAGAAGAGGUUAACAGAUGAGCAGAAGGGAGGAAGGAAGAAAAUAAAGCUAGUCAGCAACACGCAAACUGACAGGAAAGCAGGCGUGACAGAGCCAAAGAAGGUCCGAGCUACGUUGUACAUUGCAACAGUGAAGGAGACCCUGAGCCAGCAGAACUAUGAUCUCUUCUCUAAGGCUCUUCAGCACUACAAGAAGACAGAUGACUUCCAUACGAUGUUAUCUCAAAUGGGUUCUCUCUUUAUAGAGGAUGAAAAAAAGCAUUUCUUGUUACGAGAAUUUUACCAGUUUGUUCGACCUCAACAUAAAAAACAGUUUGAUGAAGCAUGUUGCAAUCUGACUGGAGUGGGCUGUGGCUACAAACCUGAGCACAGCCUCCUGCGAGAAGAGAGACAGACACUAGCCAAGAAAAUUGAAGAAAAACAGAAACAGCAGAAAACUGCAUUCUCGAAGGACUCGUGCGCUCAGCUAAACCCUGGGCUCCACUUGAACCGGGGAGGAUUCCACUUGACAACAGGACUGAAUAGUGCAGGGCAGAAUGCUGGUCGAGCUCCAAGGAAAGACACUGAAAACGCUUCAAGCUCGAGGAAGGAUCACCACCAGGUCCUCAGGGCCACCUAUCUCAGCGAUGUGAAAAGGGCUUUGGACAAAAGCGCUUACAGCCGUUUCCACGAAGCAUUGUUAGCUUACAAGAAGACAGAUAACUAUGACUCGAUGGUAUCCGUGAUAGCAGCCCUCACCACUGAGCGGCCAGAAGACUUUCAUCUCCUACAAGGAUUUUACAUGUUUGUGCGCCCUCAUCACAAAGAGCAGUUCAAACAGAUGUGUAAAGAUUUGACGGGAAUGGUCUGUGGCGAGGGAGAGAAGCAACUGCAACCGCCGGUGGAAGGCGAAGGGAGCCCUCAGAGCCUGGAGAGCUGGUGUGCUAAAGGAGAAAACAGCCAUGCACGAGAUGCAGCCACUUCUAAGGGUGAGGUGCCAGAGAAAACUCAGAGAAAGAUUUCCUCCUUCUGCUUUAACCAGAAAAGUGAACUUGACUUGCCAAAGACCAAAAUAUCAGAAGAAACCAGUAACGUGAGAGCACCCACAGGCUCUGGAGUUGUGCCUAUCUUUCCCCUAGAGAUGGAGCCAGAAUGUGCUAUAGCAACAGCUAUGCGUUAUGGAAGUUCAGAAAAGGAGAAGGGGAUGCUCUCGGGGGAAGCAGAUCAGGGCAGUGCUGAUGUUUCGCAGGCGGCAGCUUCGGGGGGUUUGAGCUCUCAGCCUGAGCAAGCAGUGGAGUGGGGAGUGUGA